AUGAAUCAAGAUAAUAUUAAUUUGGAAAAUGAAAAUUAUACUAACGAGGUUACAAAUACUGAUCAUGUAAAUUUGGAUAGUAAACAAAAUGAUGGAGCAAACAUUGAAUUAGAUAAUACACAAACAAUUUCUGAAAAUAAUGUUAUAAACUCUUUGGGCAAUCAAAUUGAUAGCCAGUAUCCCGAAAAUGGGGAAGGCAAUAUUAAUUCACUCCAAACAGGGGAAGACAUAAAUUUUUAUAACAACAAUGAAACACAAAAUGGUGACAUGCAAAAUGAUAAAAACAAAAAUCCUGGUGAAGAAGGUUGUGGUGAAAACUUUUCCAAAGAUGAUGGAAUAAAUAAUAAAACGGCUAAUGACAAAAAUAAAAAAUCAAUGAAUGGAGAAAAAGAGAAAAUUUUAAUGAGACCUACUAAUACUGUUUUAAGAAAUAUUGUUACUAAAAGAUCAGCAAAUAUAAAAAAUAGUAUACAUAAUAUUUUUUUUUCAAAUGUUAGUGCUAUGACAUUUGAUCCAUGCAUUGAUCAUAUUAAUAAAUCAGACGAUAAAAAUAAAAAGGAAAAUAAUUUUGUAAAUAAUUUUAUAAAUAGUGAUGAACAUAGUGAACACACAGCAAAAGAGGAACUAAAUUAUAUUUAUAAAAUUUUAAAUUUAGGUUGUAUUGCAUCACAAGAGGAAGAACAAGUAGAGGUAACUGAAAAGGGAGAAGAAAUAAUACGAGUAAAAAAUGAAAUUGUUAAUCUAUAUAAUCAAAAAUCUGAUGAUGAAGCACUAACAUUAGAAGAGUGCUUAUUAAAUAUACAAUCAGAUAAAAAUAUAAUUGAACUUUUAUUUUAUAUUUUAAAAAAUCAUAAAAUAAUAAAUAAAAAAUAUACCCAACAAUAUUAUUAUAUUAAAAAUGAUAAAAUUAAUUCAAAUAUGUUAGAUUAUGAAACAGUUACAAAUAUCCAUAAAGAAUGGAGAAAUAUUAAUAACAUAAAUAGUGAUACACAAAAUUAUGAUUUUUAUAAUAAUGAGCAAAUGCAAAAUUUAAAUGAAUAUACAAAAAUGAAUUAUGGACAAGAUGGUUCUUUUCCAUUUUUUGGAAAUACAAAUGAAAUACCAUACUCUGAAAAUUUUGAAAAAAAUAUGAUCAACCAAAUGAAAAACAUUGGCGACGUUACUAAUGUAGAUAAAGCUUUCUUAAGCGGAAUAGAUAAUAAUUAUGAUGGAAAGAUAAAUAUUACAAAUCAAGGGAAUUCAAAAGAUUUAUAUAAAUGUGUUAGCUGCGAACAAGUAUGUAUGCAUGUAUAUUAUAUAUUAAAACCAAAUAAUAUUAAAAAUAUAUCAUAUGGUGUUCUAGAUAAAUGUGUAUGGUGUAGUAAUUGUUAUAGCUCUUCAAAAUAUCCAAAUAUUUUAAAUAGUUCAAAUUUUGUCAAAGUUAAUGUUCCUUAUUCAUUUUCAGAAACACAAUGGACUACUCAUGAGGUAGAAAAAUUAAUUGAUGCUGUUUGUAAAUAUAAAAAUAAUUGGGAUCAAAUUAGCCAAUAUGUUAAUACAAAAACACCAUAUGAAUGUAUAUAUAAAUUUAUUUCUAUGCCAUUAUCAAAUCCAUAUUUUGAUAUAGAUAAUGCACUUAAUAUUAAUAAUAUAUCUUUUCAAUCAUAUAAACAAAAUAAUACUCUUCUUUCUCUCCUUUCAUUUAUAUGUAAUUAUAUUAGUCCAUAUAUUGGCGCUUAUGCUGCUAAAAAAAUUGUUGAUAUUAUUUUAAAAAAACAAAAAGAUUCCCAAAUAAAUCAAACAAAUAAUACAGAAAAUAGUCAACAAAAUGAAAAUCUCGAUACAGCCAUAUCACAAGAUGGAGUUAAACUAGAACAGACACACUCUUCAAUUGAUAAAAGCCAAAACAAUCAUGAAAAUAAUCAAGAAGGUAAUCCUAACCAAACUGACACAACAAAUGACAUUGCAUACAAACCUGAACAAGAGGAAAAUAAUUUAUCAAAUAAUGAUCAAAAUAAUGAAACACAAAAAGGUAAUAAAACAGUAGGUGAUGAAAAUAUGAACGUAAAUAAUAAUGCUCAACCAUCUACUUAUAUUUUAAAGGAAAAGGAUAUGCAAGAAAUUCAUAAUACUAUUAUUAGCGCUUCAAAAAAAAGAGCUAAACAGCUAGCUGAUCUAGAAAGACAUAAUAUUAAAAAAUUAUUAAGAGAACUAGCCAUUAUAAAUACUAAAAAAGUUAAAUUAAAGUUGAAACAAUAUCAAUAUCUUCAAAACUAUUUUGAAAUACAAAAUCAGUUAAUGGAAAAAAAACUAUCCCACGUCGAAGAUAAGGAUACAUGA